AUGGAUUGCCCCAACACCAACCCCAAGAGGAGCGAGGUCACGGUGACCUGCCCCUCCGACGACGCAAUCGUGGAGAUCCUCUCGCGCCUCCCCGCCAAGCUUCGCUUCCGGUUCAAGAAAUUCCCCCAGACUCUAGAAGGGUUCUUCUUCGGUGGUAGCCCUUAUGAGAACUAUGGGCAUUUCGUCGAUCUGUUCGGGAGACCCUCGCCCCUCGUCGAUGCUUCGUUCUCGUUCCUCACUGGACUGCCUGAGAUUGAGAAGAUCAACCUUUUGGGUUCCUGCAAUGGGCUCCUGCUCUUCGGGCACAGACGGGUUUCAGACAUGAAUGACUCACUGGGCUAUAUUGUGUGCAACCCUGCGACCGAGCAAUGGGUGGCCGUUCCCAGCUCUGGCUGGACUCCAUCUCCAUUGGACGAUUCGGCCUGCACCUAUUUGAUCUUUGACCCGGCUGUCUCCUCGCACUUUCAGUUGGUCCAGUUCACGCAAGAUGAUGAGGGAGCGAUACUCCAAUUCAGGCGAAAUGCUGAUGAUAAUGAGGUUGAGGGAGUGGCAGAGGUGCGGACCCUACUCAUCUGA